AUGGAUGACCAUAAGAUCAUUAAAGGGACAGGUCAGGAAGCGGUAGAAGUAGGGUACGUGCAGACCUAUAGUGGAAACUCAGGAGUAAAGGUAGACUCUGAACUGAGUAAAGAAGAGUUCAAGGCGAUAAAGGAGGCAGUUGAACGAGAACCGCAAGACGGGGUAAUAGAACCAGCAGAAAUGGAAACACCGCCAGGAAGGGUAGUGUGCGUGAAGAGAGGAGUAACACCACAUAUGUAUAGGACGGCGCAAGAGUUGAUAAAUUCGUUGGAAGCGCAAGGAUUCUUAGAGAAGACUAAGCCAUCGGAAUGGUUAAGUCCUAUAUCGAUGCAGAAGAAACCAUCAGGUAAAUGGAGAUUGUGUGCUGAUUUAAGGAAAUUGAAUGACAUGACGGAACAGGAUAAUUAUCCGAUUCCGGACAUACAGUAUUUGACAGAUCAUAUUAGGGGAAAGAAGAUAUUUAGUAAGCUGGAUAUCAAGGAUGGAUUCUAUAGGAUACCGUUGAAAGAAGAGCACAGAAAGAAGACAACACUGAAACUGGGAUUCACGAAUUACAGAUAUAGAGUGUUACCGAUGGGGUACAGAAAUGCACCAAACAUAUUCCAAAGGAAGAUGGAAAGCAUUUUUGACGGAUUAGUGGGAAGAAUAUGUAUUAUUUACAUUGAUGACAUAUUGAUAUACUCAGACACGAUUGAAGAACACAAGAAGCAUUUGGAAGAAGUGUUAAGUAGAGCUCAUAAGUAUGGAUUAGACUUGAGCUGGGAAAAGGUAGAGAUUGCGAAAAGGAAGGUUAAAUUCUUAGGAUAUCAAAUAUCUGAGAAUAAGAUAGGACCAGAUGAAAGUAAGGUGCAAGGAAUUGUUGAUUAUAAGACGCCAGAGAAAGUGAAAGACGUAAGGCAAUUUAUAGGUAUGCUUGGUUAUAGCAGAAGAUUCAUGAAAGAUAUCUCAGUGACAUUGAGACCUUUGUAUGAAUUGACGAAGAAAGGAGCAGUAUUCAGAUGGACUGAAGAACGAGAUAAGGCGUACAAGGAAGCGAAAAGAAAGUUGAUAGAAGCGACAGAAACAAUCAUUCCAGAUAUGAAUAAGAGAUUUAUAUUAGAAACAGACGCAUCAGAUUAUGGCGUAGGAGCGAUAUUGAGACAGGAAGAAGGAAUUAUAGGAUACUAUUCAGGAACAUUAUCACCGACAGAACAAAGAUACACCAUAACGGAAAAAGAGUUGUGGGCAGGUAUUUGGGCAAUGAGAAAGUGUAAACACUAUCUAUAUGGAAAGGAGUUCGAUUGGUAUACAGAUCACAAAGCCAUCAUAAGUUAUAGAACUAAAGAUGAUUUUGGAAAUCGAAGGAUACAAAGAUGGUACAAUGAUUUAGAUGAAUUUGCGUUUAUUCCGCAUUAUAAACCGGGGGAGGAGAUGAUAAUUGCAGAUGCACUAUCAAGAUCCUUACCUAUUUCCAAAGAAGUUAAGGUAAACGAAAUCAUAUCUAAGAGUACAGAAGAAUCUAUUAUGAAGAUACAUGAGGAACUGAACCAUAGGAAAAGUAUUAUGUCGGAAUUGGAAGAAAAGGGAUUUAAAGUGAGUCAGAAAGAUCUGAUAGGGAUAUUAGAGAAGUGUAAGACAUGUCUUGAAAGAGAUAACAAACAUGUUCACUCGGAUAAAUAUAUUGUGACCACUGAACCUGGAGAGAUGAUUGGGAUUGACUUAAUGGAAUAUAAGAAUUCAUAUGUCAUGAUCGUUAUAGAUUAUUUCACUAGAUAUGUGUGGGCCAAGAUAACGGAAACUAAGACACCAAACAAGAUUAUAACAUUCUUGGAAGAUGUACUUAAAGAGAUGAAAUUUAAGAAGAUAAUAUCGGAUCGAGGAAGAGAGUUUGAGAAUGCUAAAGUAGAAGAAUGGAUAAAGGAUAAAGGACUAGAACAUUACUUGAGACCUCCAUACCAUCACAAAGGUACUGGUAGGGUUGAAAGAGUAAUUAGGACUUUAAGAGUAGCAUUGAAUAAGACGAAAGGAACAUUGAAGAGGAAGUUAGGAGGAAUAGUAAAGAAUUACAAUAACUGUUAUCACAGAGGAAUAGGAAUGACACCAGGAGAAGCUAGGAAAGCAGAGAACAAAGAGAAGAUACUGGAAAGAGCGAAAGAAUAUGCGAAAGAGUUCAAAGAGAAAGAAUUGGAGAUAUAUGAACCAGGAACAGAAGUUUUGAUAAGGAAAGAGGUUAGAAAGGGGAAAGAUGAUAAACAUUUUGAGAAAGUAGGAACAGUAACGAAAGUACUGGAAGGAAACAAUUAUGAAGUUAAAGAUUCAAGUGGUAGAAUACUUGUUAGGAAUUUUAGCCAACUAAAGGUUAAGCCCCGGGAUGUUGUAUGA